AUAACAAUUCUGUGUCCCUCAGUAACAAUUCUGUGUCUGUCCCUAAGUAACAAUUCUGUGGCCCUAAGUAACGUUUCUGUGGCCCUAAGUAACGUUUCUGUGGCCCUAAGUAACGAUUCUGUGGCCCUAAGUAACGUUUCUGUGGCCCUAAGUAACGUUUCUGUGGCCCUAAGUAACGAUUCUGUGGCCCUAAGUAACGUUUCUUUGUCCCUAAGUAACGCUUCUGUGUCCCUAAGUAACGUU